CAAACGCGUUGGGUGGGUAAUAAGCUCGUCCUCUGCAGAUCCGGCACCGAUCUAUGGAACCCCCCGGAUCGGCUUCCACUUGUAGUGCACAAAAAUCCACAUCAGCUGCACCAGCCACCACCUCAUAUUCAAGUAAUUAAACUUUCUUAUCGAGCUCUGCCAGUGCUUCUCACUGGAGCAUGCGCAUACCCCUAAUUAACCUGCUUCGAGCACCACGAGUCGCACUCACGCUUGAGCCCAGCUCCGAAUCCACGCCCCGAGUCGCAUCAGAACAAGCCACUCUCCACCAUGACGACAGGCGUAUUCCGGUACAUCGACCCCGCCACCAUCACCGAUUCUGAGGAGCCCUUCGUCAAGCCAUGGGCCAAGGUCGAUACCGAUGCCACGUCUUUCGACCGCACGGAGCGCAAGAGGUCUGUUGCCAACAUCCGUGAGGCAGCUCAGAACGGCACAGAGUUCGGCGUGGACAUUUCCGGGUUCGCCGUCUACGGCUAUCCAUCCGGGCUCCAACAGGAUGCAUUCUUUGCGGCGGACGACACGGAGGUCCGCUCCGAGUACUACGCCGAGGUGGAGCAGCUCCUGAGGGAGAAGCUGGGGCCGGCGGUUGACAGGGUCGUCAUCUUUGACCACACCAUCAGGAGGCACGAUCCGUCGUCACCUCGGCAGCCAGUGCAGCAGGUGCACGUCGACCAGACGCCAAGGGCAGCAGAGGCCAGGGUCCGGCGGCACGUACCAGCAGGCGAGGCAGACGAAUUGCUCAGCAGGCGGUACCAGCUGAUCAAUGUCUGGAGACCAAUAGGCCAUGCGGCCAGUGAUUUCCCUCUUGCCGUGGUGGAUUGGAGGUCUACUGCGCCAGAGGACCUGGUCAAGGUGGACCUGCUGUAUCCCGUGCGAAACAGGGAUAUCGGAGACGAGAAGGACGACAGGGGAAAGGAGAUACUGCCAGACCCAGCAAAAGCGAGAGACACCACUGGAUACGAAGUCAGAGGCGAGACAUACUCGAUCGCACCCAACGAGAAACACAAGUUCUGGUAUAUGAAGGACAUGACGCCGGGUGAGGCCAUGUUCAUCAAGUGUUUUGACUCGGCAAGCCAGGGCCAGCCGGGCGGAAAGGACGGUAUUGCCGCUCUCACCCCUCACACGGCCUUUGUGGACCCCAACACCCCGAGCGACGCGAAGGGGAGACAGAGCAUAGAGGUCAGAUGUCUGGUCUUCUACAAGGAAUAAGUUCGGGCUGGUCAACUCCACACAUUGGAUGCCAACUAUCGAAUUUGCUGCCCUCUCACUGCCGAGUGUUGAGCAUGGUGAGGUAGGUGUAUGGAGUACAGAUUACCUUAAGUACAAAACAGGGCUCUCAUGCCUAGAAUUGUAUUAAGCACAAGAGUAAAACCCUUGACCAUUGACAAGAUUAUUUGGAUAUAAAAUAAUGGAUGCCAAAGACAAGUUGA